UUCUUGCCUAUUUGAGACUCUGCGUGGUUUCCAGGGUGUUGCUACAUGGUUGCAAAUGUAUUCUAGGUGGUUACUAGGACAUUUUGGAUGGUUGCUAGGUGGUCACUUACUGGCCCACUCCCAAGCCUCUAUCACAUUCUGGUCACAUCUUUUUAUUUUUUUUCAAAAAUCUAUUGUCAACCCGAUGAAAAUUAUAUGUUUGAUUGCUUAAGUCCUGCACAACAAGCAGCUCAAUUUUGGAUGUCAUUUAUUAUUAUUAAGUAUAAGGCAAGGUAAUAUAUAUUUUCUUGUUCUCAUUUGACUUCCAGUUCCUCACAGAUAUUGUCAUUGGGGUGCAUGAUGAUUAAAUGUAGAGAAUUAAUCAAGAUGGCUUCAGUGCUUCUUAUUACUGUCAUAAGGCCAUGACUUUUCUCAGACUCUUAUUCCCCUUGACUUAAUCUUUGCCCUACUUUUCACCAGCUGACACUUGAACCAUGUGACCUGACAGGUCCAGAGUGCCGUGAAACCCAAUUAAACCUGAUGAUAUAAUGGCAGACCAAAGAAUGGACAUCUCCUCCACGAUGAAUGAGUUCAUGUCUCCCAGUUCCUCUGAUCUGAUCAGCAGCUCAAUGGGAAUGCCGGGCAUGGACUACACCCGCAAGAGGAAGGGCAGCAUCACCGACUAUCAAAUUGAUGGAUUUUCAUUUGAGGACAGUAUGGACAUAGACAAGGACAAACAACCUGGAAGGGUCGAUCAGCAGAUUAAGAGUGCAAGGGAGGCUCACAGUCAGAUAGAAAAGAGACGCAGAGACAAGAUGAAUAGCUUUAUUGAUGAGCUGGCUUCAUUAGUGCCUACAUGCAAUGCCAUGUCCCGCAAGCUGGACAAACUCACGGUGCUGCGCAUGGCAGUCCAGCAUAUGAAAACACUUCGAGGUGCUGCAAACCCUUAUACUCAAGCUAACUACAAGCCAGCCUUUUUAUCAGAAGAUGAGCUGAAGCACUUAAUAUUAAGGGCUGCUGACGGUUUUCUGUUCGUUGUGGGCUGUGAUCGGGGAAAGAUCCUUUUUGUGUCAGAAUCUGUCUACAAAAUUUUAAAUUACAGUCAGAAUGACCUGAUUGGCCAGAGUUUGUUUGAUUAUUUGCAUCCUAAAGACAUUGCAAAAGUCAAAGAGCAGCUCUCAUCUUCCGACACAGCCCCACGCGAAAGACUCAUCGAUGCUAAAACUGGGCUGCCAGUUAGGACAGACAUUGCCCCUAGUCCCUCCAGACUGUGCUCGGGGGCCCGACGCUCCUUCUUCUGCAGAAUGAAGUGCAAAAGGCCCCUUGUCAAAAUGGAAGACAAAGAUUUCCCAUUAACUUGCUCCAAAAAGAAAGCUGAUCGCAAGAGCUUCUGCACCAUCCACAGCACUGGCUAUCUGAAGAGCUGGCCACCCACAAAGAUGGGCUUAGAUGAAGACAAUGAGCCUGAUAAUGAAGGCUGUAAUCUCAGCUGCUUAGUCGCCAUUGGCCGAUUACAUCCUCAUAUUAUCCCACAACCCAUAAAUGCAGACAUCCGGGUGAAGCCCACAGAGUAUGUCUCACGCCAUGCCAUUGAUGGGAAGUUUGUCUUUGUGGACCAAAGGGCCACAGCCAUUCUAGCUUAUCUACCUCAAGAGCUGCUGGGCACGUCGUUCUAUGAGUAUUUCCAUCAGGAUGACAUCGGACGUCUCACUGAAUGCCAUAGACAGGUGCUGCAGAUGAAAGAGAAGAUCAACACCAGCUGUUACAAGUUCAAGAUUAAAGAUGGCUCUUUUAUAACUUUAAGAAGUCGCUGGUUCAGUUUCAUGAACCCUUGGACCAAAGAAGUAGAGUACAUUGUCUCGACUAAUACAGUCGUCUCAGGCAGUUCUCUUGAUGGAGCAGAGCCUGGUUAUCUUCAGCUCACUGCCUCACCCCAGAGUAUGAACAGCGUCCUUCCAGCUGGUGACGGCUCAGGGAAGACUGUCCCUGGAAUCCCUGGAGGCACGAGUCCCGGAGCAGGAAAGAUUGGCCGCAUGAUCGCUGAGGAAGUGAUGGAGAUACAAAGGAUAAGAGGCUCAUCCCCCUCUAGUUGUGGCUCAAGUUCCCUCAACAUCACCAACAGCACACCCGCUCCUGACACAUCCUCGCUGGAGGGCAGGAAGAUUUCAGAUGGUGGAACUCCAGACAUCCCUUCAGCAGGCAUGGUGUCGGCUCAGGACAGCACAGGAUAUCCUUACUCUAACAGCUCGAUUCUAAGUGAUAAUUCCCACAUCGGUAUCAGAGACAUCAUGGAUGAGCCGGGCUCCAGCAGUGAUGAGGCUGCCAUGGCGAUCAUCAUGAGCCUGCUGGAGGCGGAUGCAGGUCUGGGAGGUCCCGUGGACUUCAGUGACCUGCCCUGGCCGCUGUGAGAACGUCACCCAUCAUGUGUACAAUCCAUCUCCAUCUUUUUGGUGACAUUGCAUUUGUUUUUGUCACAGUGCCUCAGGAAGCUCCACCCACAGCAAAAUCUUAUUGGUCCUCAACCUCAUUCCACAGCUUUAUUUUCAAAUGUGCCAAACAAUGACUUGAAAAAAAAAGAUGGAUGACACAUCUCCACUUUCCUCUACUAUAGAAAAGUGGAGCCAAAACAUCCCAUUAUUGCCACUGUCAUCUUGCAAACACGACAUGAUUCUGAGACAGAUUUUGCAUGGUAGUGAUUCAUUUGGAGCCCGUGUUUGCACAGUACUGAUCGUGAGGUGGUAUCGAAGUUCCUCGCAAAUUCCCGCAGACCCAAUCACAGUCUCACACUCAUGACU